UCAUUUUAAUAUAUUAAUCAUUUCGUAUCGUCGUCUAUGCUUUUUCUUGGCUUCGUCGUGAUUUUCUUUUCCGGCCUCCGUCGACGUCGGCAGCUUCGUAGGAAGCUUUAAUCUCAUCAUCUUCCUUCCUUCAGAUGUCCACUGCGCUCAGAACUAAGCUGCGAUCUCUUUCCACAGCACAUCUCUUUCGCAACAUACGCACCUUUUCCUCUAUCGAUGAUAGUGGAGGGCGUUCUAGUAACCCCCCGGAACCUAUUCCUAACAGACCUCUGAGAAGGCAGUCUCAUCCAUCCCCAAGUUCUCGUCACCCAAAGUUUAACCCUAUCCGCGAAAAUGAUAACCGAAGUUCAAUUAAAGGCGAGACUGAUUCUGAUUUUUUGGAAAGGUUCAAGCUCAGUUUCGAGAGUAAACAGGAGCACCCCAACCCCAAAUCUGAGAUGGUGAAUAGAACUGAUCUGGAUGGGAAAUCAGAAACUGCCGAAACAGCAUCUGCUCCAGAGGAUGCCGAUGAGAUAUUUAAGAAGAUGAAGGAGACAGGGUUGAUCCCUAAUGCCGUGGCCAUGCUUGACGGGCUGUGUAAAGAUGGGCUGGUGCAGGAGGCAAUGAAGCUGUUUGGAAUGAUGCGGGAGAAGGGUACAAUCCCGGAGGUCAUCGUGUACACGGCAGUAGUGGAAGGCUUUUGCAAGGCUUGCAAGUUUGACGAUGCAGUAAGAAUUUUUAAGAAAAUGCAGAGCAAUGGAGUGGUCCCUAAUGUGUUCAGCUAUCAGGUUUUGAUUCGAGGGUUGUACAGUGGGAAAAGGUUGGAUGACGCGCACAGGUUCACGCUUGAAGCAUUGGAAGCUGGGCACUCCCCGAAUUUGGAAACUUUCACGGGAUUAGUCGAUGCGUAUUGCAGGGAGAAGGGCCUGGAAGAGGCAAAGAAUGUCAUUGGUUCGAUGAGGGAGAGAGGAUUUGCUUUCGAGGAGAAACCUGUCCGAGAAUACUUGGAUAAGAAAGGGCCUUUCUUGCCAUUGGUUUGGGAGGCGAUCCUGGGGAAGAAGGCCUCGAAGAUGUCUAUGUUCUGACGGGUUCUUCAUUCUCCUUUUAACUUGGAACUUCGAUGAAGUAAAUGUGGCACAUAGUUCAGGUCUACAUGGAAAUGGGGCAAUGAGCAUUCAACACUAGACAUCUUCGAAAUAGAAAAGAUUUCUCUUAUUAGAAGAUCACUUCUAACCGACUUCUAGAGGUAUGUGACGCGCUUUUUUUCUUUUUAACUAGAUGAACAAAACAGGAGUUCAAUUUCUUUCUUUCCUCUUUCGAAUCUACUUGAUAGCGAAAGAAUCAUCAAGAAAAAAGAAAAAAAAAACAUUCCUUUUUGAGGACUAUUAGUAAAAUUUUGGAUAGCUAUAAAGUUUCGUACAUUGGACACUAUUAGUUGUAGGUCUAUGACUAUUUUAGCAUCAGUGAAUACGUGUGAGCGAAUAUGUAUGAUUUGGGUUACAUGUUUAUCUAAUUAGUGAAAUAAUAAUUUUGAACAA